ACGUGAUUAAAAAAAACACAAAUCUCAUGUAAACGUUACGAGUUAUGAUUAACUUCAACUGUGUAUUAAUUAGAGAAGAAAUAUAGUUUUAAAUGGGAGAAUUAGAGCGAAUCUACAAGAGGGAGUCACUUCAGCUCGGGAUUCUUGUCAUUCUCUGUUCAAGUUUCAGCCAAAGCAGCUCAGGUGCUCUCACACUCCUAAACCCUCAUGAAUCUCCAGUCUCUGUCCACCCGCUGUGGGUCCGUUAUUCCUGCAGCGAUCCAUCGACGGUCCACCUGCAGGUUUUGGUCUCUUUUGACACCGGAAGCACGUCUGUGAUCUUCCAGCGUCAGUGGGAAUGUUCUCCUGGUGCUCACAGAACACGUGUUGUGAAGAUGCAUCUCCCUGACUGGUUGGUUUAUCAGCCUGACUGGAGAGUAGCAAUGUCUGACUGGGUGCUUAGCUGUUUUGUCCGUGUCUGGAUGAGCAGCAGUGUAUCGUCUGAGUCUGAGCCGGGCCGAGAGUCUCUGGCCAGCGCGGUGGAAACUUUCACCGUCCUCAGUCCUCUGAGUCGGCCGUUUAAAGAGCACCUUCUGUGUCCUAGCUGGGAGACGGAGAUGAUUUGGAAAGCUCACAGAUGGAAAUCUGAGUGUCCAGUGGAAAACGAAGUUUCCAGUUUGUUGUCCUCGCUCUACGGCUCCUCCGGGGAGAACUUUGGCAUCACUAGAACUCUCCAUCCGUUCACCAGCAGAUUGCUGGAAGGACAACGUCUCAAAUCUGUUACAUAUCCAUGGUGUGCCUUCUCUCUUUGGGUUUUAUUAGACCAACAUUGUAGAGAACAUCUGUGUGGGAUUUUACAUCACCUAAACACGCAUGAGAAUUACGCCAGUCCAUCGCUGUUACUCACACGUACAGGUCACCUCCAUGUACAGCUGGAAUUAGAGGGCGGUUCACAAUCAGCGUUUCUGUCCUCCUUCACACUUCCUUUGCACCAGUGGUGCCUUCUGAAUCUGGAGCUGACAGGAAGAACGGGGAAAAUCACGGCUGCAUGUAUUGAGGGAGAUAAACAACCAGUUAUCGAGUCAUCAGAAUACACGUUCAAGACGACGGUAAAGAUGGAUGAUACAGACGGAUAUUUUGUGGUCGCUGGAGAUAAAUUUCUAAAAGGCUUUGAAGGCUUUUAUGGUCCUGUAACAUAUUACAGAACAAGAUCACCAUCUGUUAAGCUGUCUGAGCUUCAGCUUCCUCAGAUACUGCAGAUGGUGAAUAUAUCUGGAUGGUUCCUGUCCUGUCAGCAAUUUCGGUCUGAACUUGAACACAAAAUAGCCGAGUAUUCACGUGAAAUUGCUGCAAAGACACCGAAAGAGAGAUGUGUGGAUGUAUACACUGAGCUGACACUGAAAACCAAUGCAGCAGCAUCAAGGUCACAGUGCAGCUCUGAUAAAGCACUACAGUGUCCUCAGAGACGACCGGUGGCUCGACUGGUUCAGAAAAUAAUCGACAAACACGGCUCCGUGAGUCCAGCUGCCGUCGGCCGAGCUUUGUACGUUGGCGUGCUGCGUGCGAUGGAGAGAGAAAUGAGUGUGAAGAUAUUAAGCAGGCUGAUGCCUUCUUUAUUACAAGCAGGGUGUUUAGGAGACAACCGAGCGCUCCAUCUCGCUUCUGUGCUUCACAGCAGUGGACUUGGUGUUAAGAAGCAGCCCUACAAGGCCUGGUUGUUGUCAGUAUUGGGAGCUCAGAAGGACUGGAGGCUGGCUCUUCUCCGCAUGGGGCACCUGCACCAAGUUGGUGUUCAGAGUGUAGCAGCAGAUCCUGAACUUUCCUACGCCUACUAUUCUAACAUUGCCAAGCAAACCUCAGCUGACCGUCUCAAUCCUUCCUCACAACAGACGUUUGUCGAGUCAAUAUACCUCCACGAUGAGGAAAUCCUGAAAGCCCAAACCAACGAGGAUGACGACAUCUUUCUUUGGCUCAAACUCCAGGCGCGCAAUGGCGUAGCAGACGCAGAGCGAGCAGUGGCUCAGAUGCUUUUCUGGGGUCAGCAAGGUGUUAAUACAGAUAUCCGAACGGCAGUGAGGCACUAUGAGAGGGGAGCCACCAAACUGCAGGAUCGCGUUUCUAUGUACGACUACGCCAUCGUUCUGCUGACGGGCCAAGGAGUUCCACAAGAUGUGCCAAAAGCUGUCACUUUCCUGAAAAAAGCAAUGGAACAGGGCUUCACUCCAGCCAUCACGGCUUUGGGGUGGUACUACGAGCAGUUUGAGAAGAACUACGAGCGAGCAGUGGAGCUCUGGGAACAGGCUGAUCAGCUGGAGAAUCCAGAUGCUGCAAUGAAUCUAGGAGUCUUGUACUCGCAAGGCCUUUAUCCUGGACAAGGACCCGACAAAGUUAAGGCGUAUAAGUACUUUCUGAAAUCAGCCCAGAGAGGCCACAUAAACGGGGGCAUUGAACUAGCUGAAAUUUGGAGUCAAGGUAUUCCUGGAUAUGUGGUGCGACAUCCAUCAAAUGCUGUUCUGUGGGUGAAGUGGGCAUCAGAGCAGAAUGGAUAUCUCGGAACAGCCUUGAGGAAAGGCCUGAAUGCCCAUCUUAAGGGGAAAUGGUUCAUGGCAUUGCUUCAUUACCUGAUAUGUGCCGAGUGUGGAUUUGAAGCAGCUCAGUUUAACGUAGCAUUUCUGUGUGAACAUAGUCCUCACGGAUCCUUAAAUCCAGUAUUUCUGACCGAGUGCAUGUUAAGAUACUACAAUCUCUCCAUUCAGAGCCAAGAUCCUUCACCAUACGCUCUGGUUAAAAUGGGAGACCUGUUGUAUGAGGAGCAUGCACAGGGCAAAAGAGACCUUUCACAUGUAGUCGAGAUGUACAAAAAGGCAGCGCUUAAAAACGACCCACAGGGAUGGUACAGUCUGGGGCUUCUCGUUCAGGAAGGUCACAGAUUACCACCAGCGGUACUCUCCGAACUAAAGAUGCUACAACAUUAUUUUGCAGACAGAUACACCCUUCUUACCAGCCUGUACCACAGAUGCCGAGACUCUAACAGUGACGAAGCGUACCUCCCCUGUACUCUUGCUCUGCUUGCUACACACCUAGACUCCAUACACACACAUGGACCUACUACUAUGAAGCUACUCAGCGCAAUGGCGGUUGCCGUCGCCACUCUCUCCUUUUUCAAACUCGUCCCUGUCAUCCUUCGUCAGAGGACAGUAUCAAGCCACCAGAGCUCAGGAUCAUCCGCGAACACAGAGGCACCAGAACAGGAUGAGACUUUUGCAUCCUGAGUACAACUCAAUCUGGAGAUAGAGGAAAAAAAAUAUAAUUUUAUUUCAUCAUGGUUUGAAAGACAUUCAGGAAUACCUUUUUAUUUAUUUUCAGCUUGACUGCUAAACACUAUUUAUAGUCUAAUCUUAUUGGUUGUCUUGUCAAGUCCCAGAACUAAAGCACCUUGUGUGUAUGUUGUUGUAGGAAAAUAAUCAAAAUUAAGAUUUGCUAAGAAAUAUACACAGCUGCACUUUACCUAAUUAACACAACCUGCACAACUGAAGCUCACGUUUGUACACAUCUUCUCAUCAGUAAACAUCCUGUACAGGAGGAUGGGGAUUAUUCUGUGAUGUUUGUUAGACAGGUUUAGAUUUGCACAUGUUCUGAAUGUUUGAAGAGUGUGUGUGUGUGUGCUUUCUGAUCUGCUGGUGGGAUUAACUGCAUCUGAGCUGCAUCUGUAGCAUUGAAUAAUCUUGAAAAGGAGAGAUUGAAAAGCACAGAAGACUGAAGGACAUUCAAGCAUGGUGUAAUAAAAUAAAGCGUCUACAGAAAAAA